CGGUAACUACAGACUCUGUGGUUGCCGAGGUACAUGGUCCACUGGGCUGGGCGUGUCGGUAUCACCUGACCUCCUCCCGAGCUGCUGAUUGGCUGACAGGUGGAGCGAGAACUUCCGGCGGGUGUGGGGUAGUGUCCAUGCUGCUGGUCCCGGGGUCAGAGUAGCGGAGAAUGGGGGACUCCGACUUGGACUACACCAUUGUCCUGCCAGAGGCGACCCUGCAAGGUUGCCAAUGGGACCAGCAGAGGGAGCCGGUGGUGAUCCUGCUAGGCUGGGCGGGGUGUAAGGACAAGUACCUGGCUAAAUAUAGCUCCAUCUACCAUAAUCAAGGCUGUGUUGUGAUCCGAUACACCGCUGCCUGGAGGACCGUCUUCUUCGCGGAGUCCUUCGGCUUCAGAUCUCUCCGGCACCAGGCGCAGAAGCUUCUGGAGCUGCUAUUUGACUAUGAAAUUGAGAAGAACCCCAUCAUCUUCCACGUCUUCAGCAACGGUGGAUUCAUGUUAUACCGCUACGUAGUGGAGUUACUGCGCACAGACUGGCAGCUGAGCAAACUGCAAGUGGUUGGCACCAUAUUUGACAGCGCUCCAGGAAACCGCAAUGUCCGCGGAUCAGUGCGAGCGUUGAACACAAUCCUCGAGCCCAAAACCAAUCGGCUGCUGCGUUACUUAGCUCUGGCUGCUUUUGCUGCGCUGGUAUUUGUUCUCCGAAUUAUCCUCUACCCGAUGACGAGAUUGCUCCAUGAAAAUCACUAUGACACCAUGAAAAAGGACCCUUCGCUCUGGCCCCAGCUCUAUCUCUACUCCCGAGGCGACAGCAUCAUCUCCUACGUAGACGUGGAGAAGAUGAUAGCGUUUCGCCAGUGCCGGAACCUCCCCACAGAGUGCAUAGAUUUCCAGGAAUCGGAGCACGUGAGCCAUUACCGCCGGUACCCGCAGAGAUACACUGAGAUCUGCAUCUCUUUUCUCAGAGACUGCGUCUGUAAGGCAUCCAGAUCCUCAUUUAUGAGUGGACACCAGUCUUUUUAAAUGGCAGCGUGCAGUGUGCAACAACUUAAGAAAUUACCUUUAGAGCACGCUUUGUGCCUGAUUGUUAUGUGAAUAUAUAAUAUGAGCGGUUGCAGCGCUGUGGCUGUUUGUGGUUUUAAAUAUACAUUUUUAAAAGGUGACUUACAGUAUAACAAUGAUAAUGUGUCCAGAACAGUAGACGAAGUUAAUCUCGCGUUAGAACAAAGUUUAUUUUUAAAUGACCGUUAUCAUGUUGCACUUAUCAACGCUUUAUCACUUAUCCAGGUUAAUACAUCUACACCUAUAGUUGCUGCACAGCUGAGCUGUGACCUUCCCAGACAAUACCCAGCUGGAGUCUCUCCUGGGAUCACCGACUGGAAGCCCCCUUUUUAAAAAGAAAAAAUUCUGCAACCUUAAAAUGUUAUCUCCUGUUCUGAAAAAAAAAAACUUAAAGCCUUUAUGCAUGUUUGCAAAUUUUAUGAGUAUCUUGUAUUCUAGCACAGUUAAUGAUCUUUUAAAAGUCUUUACAGCUAAUUAAUUCACUGUGAAUUUAAAAUAUAUAUUUAAUUUCUGUAUACUAAAUUGCAGUUCUUAAAUAGCGCCAUCUAUUGGUUACACUGGAUUUUAUCAGCCUUUCUUACGUAUUAAAUGAGCGCCAUCUACUGGUGCUAACGUGCUUGAGUCAGGUGUUAUUCAAGACUGUAUAAGCGCCCUCUUUUGGUUGUAAUGUGAUGAGCGAGUAAGGAGCAAAGUGUGGUAAGAGCGCCAUCUACUGGUGUUUCAAUUAUUAACAGCCUCUCUGGAUAAUAGGGCAAAUUGUAAAUCCCUGCUCCUAAUAUUUCAUAAAACAUUGUAAUAAAACAGAACACACAAUGCACAGGAUUUUCUUUAUUUUGACACACACUGACUCCGUAAUAGGGUCCUAGUGUGAGAAGUAUAAAUAUUGGGUGUUUGUGUUAUUCUUGUAUAACAGGUUACACUUGGUUGUUUAGUGCACAUGGAUUUUCAGAGUGUGUACUUUAGCCUUAAUGUCCACUGGAAUUUAUAUUUGAUUUUAAAAUGCCACAAAGGUAUUAUAUUUUCUUCUACUUCCCCCGUUACACAAAAUAGCAGACUGUUCAGUGAAAGGGUUUAACAAAAAUGUAGAAACUUGUGGUCUAUAAAGAGAAAGCAGAGAAAUUGCACUUCUGGUAUGUACUGUAUGUGUUUUUAGAUUUGUUUAAUUACAUAGGAGAUAUUAAAAAAGCAAACAUAUUUUUAAUAAAGUUGUAUUCUCUUUACACUUUA